AUGGUUUCUUCUGUUCUUCUCACUCUUUAUUUCCUGCAUGUUGUGAAGGCACAGGAAAACUGCGGAAAAUACUCAAAACACUUCUCCAACAACGUCGAUUAUGGGGACCAGCAACCUUGGAUAAGCGCUGUGGAUGUAUUCUAUCUCGGUCAAUUGGAUAAAAUGACAGGGAAAGAACAGUAUGGCAAUGUUAUCGACACCGUGUUUAGCAAUAGCGGCGUGCAGGAUCAUUUGCUCAAUGGUCAGUCAUAUGAUGACGUCCAGUGGGUAUCCAUCGCGUAUCUGCAGGCCGGAAAGCGAGAUGAAGCGAAGAAGUUCUACGAUAUUGCGAGUACAGCUGUGGACGACACUUAUUGCAAGGGUGGAUUGUUCUGGAGCGGAAAGAGGGAUUAUAAGAAUGCUAUUACGAAUGAGCUAUAUAUGGCCUCUUCUGGUUACCUGUAUGAGGUCUUACAGGACAAGAAGUACCUAACCAAUCUUAAACAAACGUAUGAAUGGUUGAACUCGACGAAGAUGAGGGGCGCAAAUGGACUCUUCAAUGAUGGUUUAAGUAAUGAUGGUAAAUGUGAGAAUACUGGUGAUACACAAUGGACAUAUAAUCAAGGCGUCAUCCUAGUUGGGCUAGGUUAUCUUUACAAAUACACACAAGAUGAAAAGUUCCUCCGAGACGCUUUCACCAUCAUGGACGCCAUCAUCAAAGAUCUCACCGUUGACGAAGGACUACGAGAACCCUGCGAAACGCUCACCCAAGACUCGUGUAAUGCAGAUCAGGCCUCGUUCAAGGGUAUUACCAUGUAUUACAUGGCAUGGUUCCUGAAAUUGACAGGCAAAGACUCCGGAUCCAAGUACACAAAAUUCGUUAAGCUCCAAGCUGACAAGGUUCUGGAAAAUGCAGUUGGGCCAGAGGGAUGGUAUAGCAAUCUGUGGUAUGGGAAGGGCCAAGGCGGGGCUCAGGUCACCGCUUCGAGCCAAGCUGCAGCUUUGGGUGCAUUCCUGGCGGCUGGUCAGCAGAGGUGUUCCUGA